UUCAUGGUUGUCCCAAAGGUGCUUUUUUUCAAGAAAGGCCACUUGCCUUUUGGGGAAAAAAAGUACCUUUGGGACUGAUUCAGACAAGUUACUAGGAUUUGGUGACGGAUCUAACUUCAUAUUGUCGAGGACAGUUGGGAAGCUGGGUAGCAGCCAGGAAAAAGGCAAGCAUUUAUGCUGAACGCUGCACAGGUGUCUGUAAUUAAUACAGUGGAUACUUCCCAUGAGGAUAUGAUACAUGAUGCUCAAAUGGAUUACUAUGGCACACGAUUGGCAACCUGCUCUUCAGAUAGAUCUGUGAAAAUAUUUGAUGUCCGGAAUGGAGGACAAAUUCUCAUAGCUGACUUAAGAGGGCAUGAAGGUCCUGUGUGGCAGGUUGCCUGGGCUCAUCCCAUGUAUGGAAACAUCCUGGCUUCGUGUUCCUAUGACAGAAAGGUUAUUAUUUGGAAAGAAGAGAAUGCUACAUGGGAGAAGACAUAUGAAUACACAGGACAUGAUUCCUCAGUCAAUUCUGUAUGUUGGGCACCACAAGACUAUGGGUUGAUCCUGGCUUGUGGCAGCUCUGAUGGGGCUAUCUCUUUGUUGAGCUAUACUGGUGAUGGACAGUGGGAAGUGAAAAAAAUCAGCAAUGCACAUACAAUUGGUUGCAAUGCUGUUAGCUGGGCCCCUGCUGUUAUACCAGGAAGCCUCAUAGAUCAGCCUUCAAACCAAAAACCAAACUACAUCAAGCGAUUUGCAUCAGGUGGCUGUGAUAAUCUUAUCAAAAUUUGGAGAGAAGAAGAUGGCCAGUGGAAAGAAGAACAAAAAUUGGAAGCUCACAGUGAUUGGGUCAGAGAUGUAGCCUGGGCUCCUUCCAUAGGUUUGCCAACAAGUACUAUUGCCAGCUGCUCCCAGGAUGGCAGAGUGUUUAUCUGGAUGUGUGAUGAUGCCUCUGGAAACUCAUGGUCACCAAAAUUACUCCAUAAGUUCAGUGAUGUAGUCUGGCAUGUUAGCUGGUCCAUUACUGCAAAUAUUCUAGCUGUGUCUGGAGGAGAUAAUAAAGUAACUCUAUGGAAAGAAUCAGUAGAUGGACAGUGGGCAUGCAUUAGUGAUGUCAAUAAGGGCCAAGGAGCAGUAUCUGCCAUUACAGAAGGACAACAGAAUGAACAAUGAUGUCUAUGAUGAAGAUUUCCAGUUUAAAGAAACAGUUUUUUUUCUACUUUUCUUAGUAAUCCAGGUUUAUUGAAUACGGGCCAUAUAAAAUUUAAUUUGUUAAUCUCUUGAUAAAA